ACUUACCACUUUCUCCCUAAAUUAGAUAUUCCUCCUACUAUCUGAUUAUUGUAAUCUUGAAUCAUGCUAAUCAUUUACAGUGAACUAUAAUUCUCUAGUUCAACUACAGCCAUUAGCUAAUUGAACAGUGAACUUCAACUCUUCUCUGUUUUCUAUACAACAGGCUAAAAUGGCGGGUGAACCAGUUAAUGUGAAUGAAUUUCAAGAGCUUGCUAGGAAAGUUCUUCCAAAGAUGUACUAUGACUUCUUUGCUGGAGGAGCUGAGGAUGAGUACACACUCAAAGAAAAUAUCGAAGCAUUUCAUAGAAUCACUAUUCAGCCAAGAAUACUAGUUGAUGUGAGCAGAAUAGACAUGUCAACUGUUAUACUCGGUCACAAGACGUCAGCUCCAAUUAUACUUGCCCCUUCUGCUGCGCAUCAAUUGGCACAUCCUGAAGGAGAAGUUGCAACAGCUGGAGGUGCUGCAGCAUGUAAUGUUAUCAUGGGACUGUCAUUUAUGUCUACAUGCACAGUGGAGGAGGUUGCUUCAAGCUGCAAUGCUGUUCGCUUCUUUCAAAUAUAUGUUUUCAAAAGGAGAGAUGUAACAGAAUUUAUGGUACGUCGAGCUGAGAGCAACGGGUUCAGGGCUAUAAUUCUCACUGCUGAUACUCCAAGGCUUGGCAGAAGGGAGGCUGAUAUAAAGAAUAAGAUGAUAUCAUUUCGGCUGAGGAAUUUUGAAGGUCUUAUAUCAACUGAUGUUGUUUCUGACAAAGGCUCAAAUCUUGCAGCAUAUGCUGAAGAAAUUCUUGAUCCGUCGCUUUGCUGGAAGGAUAUAGCGUGGCUAAAAUCAAUUACUAAGUUGCCAAUUUUGAUUAAGGGUGUUCUCAAUGGUGAAGAUGCAAUGAAAGCAAUUGAAGCAGGAGUUGUAGGAAUUAUCGUCUCUAAUCAUGGAGCUCGACAACUAGAUUACUCUCCAGCUACUAUUUCUGUUCUUGAAGAGGUGGUCCAAGCUGUUCAAGGUAAAGUUCCAGUUCUUCUCGAUGGAGGAAUUAGGCGAGGAACAGAUAUAUUCAAGGCAUUAGCACUAGGGGCAAAAGCUGUUAUGAUUGGUCGACCAGUUAUCUAUGGCCUGGCUGCUAAGGGAGAAUCUGGAGUAAAGCAAGUUAUUGAAAUGCUAAAGAAUGAACUUGAGCUGACCAUGGCUCUUGCUGGCUGCUGCACUGUGGAUGAUAUUACGAGAAGCCAUGUUAAGACAGAGAAAGAGAGGUUCCUUUGUAGGAUGUAAUCUCUGUUCCUUAAACAAAAUGGCCUAGCCCCAACUCUACAAUUGUGUCACAUCUUGCUUGUAAUGUUGUUCAAUUGCAAUAUUUCUAUUUAAAGCAUCGAUUUCAGAUAUUAAGAUA